AUGGCCGAGUUCAAGACCCUCGAGCGCACCUACAUCAUGAUCAAGCCCGACGGCGUGCAGCGGGGCCUCAUCGGCGACAUCACGAAGCGCUUCGAGCAGAAGGGCUUCAAGCUCUGCGCCGCCAAGCUCUACCAGCCGUCCCGCGAGCACAUGGAGAAGCACUACGCGGACCUCUCGUCCAAGGGCUUCUUCAAGGGCAUGAUCGACUACAUGAUGACGGGCCCCGUCUUCUGCAUGGUCUGGGCCGGCGAGGGCGCCGUCGUCACGGGCCGCAAGAUGCUCGGCGCGACGAUGCCGUCGCAGUCCGAGCCCGGCACGAUCCGCGGCGACUACUGCAUCCAGGUCGGCCGCAACAUCUGCCACGGCUCCGACUCCGUCGAGAACGCGGAGAAGGAGAUCGCGCUCUGGUUCCCCGAGGGCGUCUGCACCUGGACCUCCCACUCCCAGCCCUGGAUCUACGAGUAG